AUGGCCGAGUUGGCUAAAACAGUCCACCACUACAGGAGACAACUUUUCAAGAGGAUGAGAUUACACGAAGAUUUGUAUUUCAACAACCAAUGCUUAAACCAUGACUUAAUUCCUAGGUACGUCAAACAUGAGUUUAAAAAGGAUAAUAGUAAAAUAGUUAAACAGCUUGCUAAAGAAAUUGCACGCAAACUCAUUAAAAAGGAAAUAAAACUUAUUUACAUGAAGUUAAACAAUGUUAAUACGCAGUUGAAGAUGAAUUAUGACAAGAUGAGAACAUUAAUGCGUUAUGAAGAUUUAAACACUUUCUUAGGGAGAGUACACACACAGAUUUCGGUAGAACAACAAAGGAAAAGACACACAUUGGAUGGAAAGUUGAAGAAACUAAUAGAUGAUAAAAAAACGGAAUCAUUGAAAAAACAGCUGAACAAUUUCCACAAAUUCCACGAUAAUCUCAUAAAUUUUACCCAAGUUCACUUGGAAAAGUCCGAAAUAGACCUUCUUGAAAAAGGAAUAAAGUUUAAUCCUACAUCCAAUAUCAAUACGGAAAGAAACCUAAUUAAGUUGGCAGCUGAGAUAGAGGCUACCAUGAACCACAUAAGAGUCAACAAGUUCGAAAUUAGAGAUGAAAUAAGACCAUUACUGAGAAAAGAACUAAAAGACUUGAGGACAAACAAAAAAUUGGGUAGAGGCCAUUUCAAUGAUAAAGUUAUCAAGUCAAUUAGAGAGAAAGUUGAAAGGAACAAACUCACAAUAACUAAGGCAGACAAAGGUAAUUGUAUGAUAAUUAUGAAAACAAAAGAUUACAAUAAAAAAGUGUUGGAUUUCUUAUCAAAAAAUAAUAUAAGAGAAAAAAAGAUAUCCUUAUCAACAAUCAUACAAAAGAUAAAAGAAGUUAUUAAAAGGAUUCCUGACAGUUUAGAGUUAAAAAAUAUAAAAGGUCUCAAAAUUGACAACACUAGAAUCCCAAGAUUGUAUGGCCUUAUGAAGAUACAUAAGAGCACAAUUUUAGAUGAAAUACCUAUUAGACCAGUCGUGUCGAAUUGCAACGCUCCAACAUACCAAUUGUCUAAAUGGUUAAACAUCUUUCUGAAAGAAAAAAUUAAUUUUUCACCAUCAUAUACAAUAAAAAACACCUUAGAUCUGGUUAAUAAAAUUAAAGAUAUAAAAGUAGAAGAUCAUUACAAAAUUAGAACAUUGGACAUAGAGAACCUAUAUACCAACGUGCCUACAUUGGAAGUUAAAAGACUAAUAGAAGAAGAUCUUGAUCAAUCUAAUUUAUCAAAUGAUACAGUCGAAACAGUAUGUCAGAUUUUAAAUUUAUGUCUGAAACAAAAUUUUUUCCAAUUCGAUAACAAAAUAUUCGAACAGAUACAAGGAUUGGCAAUGGGCUACCCCAUUGCUCCAUAUUUAGCAGAUAGGUACAUGGACUAUUUUGAAAAAACCCACAUCUUUAAUUGGGGUAACGAAUUUUCUCCACUUAUCGUCUAUUACUAUCGUUAUGUGGACGAUAUUAUAAUUUUGUGGAAAGGAACUGACCAAGGAUUUAAUGAUUUUGUCACAUAUCUGAACAGUAGUGUUAAUAACAUAAAAUUCAAGAAUGAACACAUCAAUGAUAAAGAGUGCAAUUUCUUAGACCUAAACAUAAAGUUGUUGGAUGGAAAACAUUCCUUCGACAUUUUCAGAAAACCAACACAUACAGACGUGUCAAUUGACAUCAGCUCACAACAUCAUUGGAACCACAAGAUAGCAGUUUUCAACAGUUUAUUAGAACGACUUGUGAAUAUACCAUUAAAUGAGGACAAUUUUAAUAAAGAAAUGGGAAUAAUUAAACAAAUAGCGAGAAAAAACAAUUUUGACAAUAAUAUGAUUGAUAGAAUGUUAAAUAAAAAAUUACAUAAACGCUUAUUGAGGAGUCAUUUUCCUAUUAGUCAACAUAGAAUCGAAAAUAAAAGAUAUUUCCCUCUAAGCUUUGUUGGGACUCUAUCGAGUAAGGUAGCUAGAUUGCUGGAGAAAGACAAUAAUAUAAAGAUAGCCUUCAGACCAACUAACAACUUGAGAAAUUUACUUUUCAAUAACAAAGAUCCAGUUUUCCCCAUUGGAGAAGAGUGGUGUUUAUAA